AUGCUCCUCCCCGUGAUUCCCCCUUGCCCUCAUCCUCCUGCCCCUGCUUAUUCCGCAACAACACAACUCGUACAGGCCCCAAAGCAGCAAGCAAGCUAUCGUGCCGACACCACAUAUGAGGCCUAUCUUCUCUCCGAAACUGAGUCCACCUCCGUCACCUCCGUCACCAUCAUCGCCCGCGCCAUCAACAUCAACCGGUGGUGGAUCAUGGACUUUGGGCUGGUGCGGGUCCAGCGCUAG